GCGAGCGGCGGAGCGAUGCGGCGGCGGGGCGGGUGGCCGUGGCUGCUGCUGCUGCUGCUGGCGCUGGCGGCGCGGGGCUACUUCCCGGAGGAGCGCUGGGUGCCCGAGUCGCCGCUGCGGCCCCCGCGGGUGCUGCUGGCGCUGCUGGCCCGCAACGCGGCGCACUCGCUGCCGGCCGCGCUGGGCUGCCUCGAGCGGCUGCGCCACCCCAAGGACCGCCUCGCCCUCUGGGUAGCAACCGACCACAAUGUGGACAACACAACAGCGGUGCUUCGAGAAUGGCUGGUCAACGUUCAGAGCAUGUACCACUCAGUGGAAUGGCGGCCUAUGGAGCUGCCCAGGUUUUACCCAGAUGAAGAAGGCCCCAAGGACUGGUCAAAUUCCCGUUACGAACAUGUUAUGAAGCUUCGCCAGGCGGCUUUGCAGUCUGCCAGGGACAUUUGGGCUGAUUAUAUCCUGUUUGUGGAUUCGGACAAUCUCCUGACAAACCCCAACACCUUGAGUCUUUUGAUUGCGGAAAACAAGACAGUGGUGGCGCCCAUGCUGGAUUCGCGGGCAGCCUAUUCAAACUUCUGGUGUGGGAUGACCUCUCAGGGCUAUUACAAGCGCACCCCUGCUUACAUCCCCAUCAGGAAACGUGACCGCCGGGGUUGUUUUGCCGUUCCCAUGGUGCACUCCACCUUUCUCAUUGACCUGCGGAAAGAGGCAACCCAGAAUCUCGUCUUCUACCCACCGCACCCAGACUACACUUGGGCGUUCGAUGACAUCAUCGUCUUUGCCUUCGCCUGCAGGCAGGCCGAAGUCCAGAUGUAUGUGUGCAACAAAGAGGUGUAUGGCUUCCUGCCCGUGCCUCUACGAUCCCACAGCACCCUGCGUGAUGAGGAGGAGAGCUUCAUGCACGUGCAGUUGGAAGUCAUGGUUAAGAACCCUCCAGUAGAACCAUCCCGGUAUCUGUCUGUGCCUCCCAAGAUCCCAGACAAGAUGGGAUUUGAUGAGGUCUUUAUGAUUAACCUGAAGCGACGGGUAGAUCGCCGGGAGCGGAUGUUGCGGGCCUUGUACGAGCAGCAGAUCGACUGCAAAAUCAUUGAGGCUGUGGAUGGGAAGGCAAUGAAUAGCAGCCAGGUGGAAGCCAUGGGCAUCAAGAUGCUGCCAGGUUACAAGGACCCGUACCAUGGGCGUCCCCUCACUAAGGGGGAAUUGGGUUGCUUCUUGAGCCACUAUAAGAUUUGGCAAGAGAUUGUGGAGAGGGGUCUGGAGAAGUCAGUGGUGUUUGAGGAUGACUUGCGCUUUGAGAUCUUUUUCAAAAGACGGCUGCUGAAUCUCUUGUAUGACCUGGAAGAGGAAAGCCUGGACUGGGAUUUGAUCUACAUCGGCCGGAAGCGCAUGCAGGUGGAGCAUCCCGAGAAAGCUGUGCCCCACAUCCGCAAUCUAGUGGAAGCCGAUUACUCCUACUGGACGCUGGCUUAUGUUAUCUCCCUGCAAGGUGCCAAGAAGCUACUGGAUGCCAAACCCCUCUCCAAGAUGUUACCUGUGGACGAGUUCCUGCCUGUCAUGUUUGACAAACACCCUGUUACUGAGUAUAUGGAGCAUUUUGAGAACCGAGACUUGCUGGCCUUCUCCGUGGAACCCUUGUUGGUCUACCCAACGCACUACACGGGGGAUGAUGGGUACAUCAGCGACACGGAGACCUCCGUCGUGUGGAACAAUGAGAACCUCAAGACAGAUUGGGACCGGGCCAAGUCCCAGAAAAUGAAGGAGCAGCAGGAACUGAGUAACAAGGCCAAGAACACCGAUGUCCUCCAGUCCCCUCUUGACAGUACGGCCCGAGAUGAACUAUGACCCUGCUGGGGCACAGAGGAAGGGACUGAGGGAGAGGCACGGUGUGAGGAAAGGGCUUUUCCCCUCCCAAAGCUUUAUGGGAUUGAUCCUCUUGGAUGACAACUGUUAUGGGGCUCCCGUAUAUGCCACUUCUUCCAUCAUCAAUUGUGGCAUACAUAACGGGUGAACGCAGGUGCCAUGCUAAGACCUCCAGCUUGAGGGCACGGGGGGGGCACAGUGUGGCUUGCUCAGGCUUGGCCACCACACCUCCCCUCUUCUUUUGUUUGAAAAGCAGUGCGGGUACAAUCUUAACAUAUCCAUUUGCACAAGAGGAGUUUUAUUCUCUGUAUAAUCAAGUCCCCUCCAGGGAACCCCACACCUGCUGGGGGUGAGGGGGGGGAUGAGACGUAGUCCAGACCAGCAGGUUCUAGCACUUUAAGUGCUCUGUGUCAGGCUGAACUAUCUCUUUUGGUGUCAGUUUGAGACCUUUUGUGAUUAUUUUUAUAUAAAACUUUGACAGUGACAAUUUCAUAACUCUCUGUUUAAUCCUGAAUCCCUCCUCUUCUGCCCAAUGCCUUGGCAAGAUUUGAGGUUAUAAUUUGGAUAGGAAAGCCCCAGGUCUCCCUAGGGUUCUGAACAUCGUCUUCUAGUACAUGUGAGUACAUGGACAACGUAGUGCCUUGAUACCUGUACAACCCAACUGUCAAAGGUUUAUAAUGUGCUGUGUGAAGCAGGAUUUGAGUCCAUUGGGCCCUUAGAGACUGACAAAAUGUGCAGAGUUCAAGCUUUUGAGAGUCAGAUCUUCCUUUGGAGAGCUCAGAUGCAUCUGAUGAAGAGAGCUGUGGUUCUCGAAAGCUUAUGCUACAAUAAAGUUGGUGAGUCUUAAA